UUCUGUUGAAAAAAAUUGCUUGCACUUAUUGCCCCGCAAUGGGCGGCGCUGCCAGCAUUGUCCAAAAGGAAAUCAAAGAUGUUUCAGCCGAAGAGGUGAGAGAGGCGUUGGAUGGAUUGCCUGAAGCUGACCGGAACAAUUUGAUGGUGUUGGCUGCAGAAUUGACAAGUCCAAAACCUACCCGCAGGGCUCGUUUUGGCGGCUCCAUGUUCAUCCAGUGUGGUAAGAAAAGCGCCUGUGAAGGGCAUGGUGGAAGUGAAGGGUUCAUUACGCACGAGGGCACCCGCAUCACUGAUCCGAAAGGGACGUACAAGCUUGGAGAGGCAUGGAAAUGUAGUGACCAAGUGUGGGCAUAUUGGACGGCAGACGCCACAACUGCCAGUUUGGGCACGGUGAUGGCAGUUGGCACUAUGAAAAGCUAUGUUGUGUUAGACGAUGCGGACGAAGGCUUGAUUCCAAAUGACUGGGAUCACAAAGUCGUGAGAGUUGGAGGUGGCGUGGCAGGCGGGCUUCCACGAUUUGGUGGCUCAUAUCUGAUCCAGUUGGAUUCGACCCGAGCGUUUGAAGGGAAGUUCGAAGGCAAGGAGUUUGUUGGCCAUGAUGGUGAUCGUCGGGAAAUUUCCAAGAGUGACGUUUACAAGCUUGGCGAGGCAUGGCAAUGCAACGGCCAAGUUUGGGCCUAUUGGAGAGAGGAGCAGAAGGACCUCCACGCUGGCUGGGUGACUGCGGUUGGUUCUGAGAAGAGCUACGUCGAGUUCGAUGAUGGAGAGAAAGGCCCAGUCCCAAAUAGCUGGAUCCACAAGAUGGUGAGAUUUGGUGGUGGGGCAAUUCGAUUUGGCGGUUCGCAUCUCAUUCACUGGGAUUCGACCCGCGCGUUCGAAGGGAAAUUUGAAGGCAAUUACUUUGUUGCUCAUGAUGGUGACCGACGCGAAAUUUCCAAAAGUGACAUAUACACGCUGGGAGAAGUGUGGCAGUGCAAUGAUAAAGUAUGGACUUAUUGGACAGAGGACCACAAAUACCUGCACUCGGGCAAGGUGAUUGCGGUUGGUGCUGAGAAGAGUUUCGUCGAGAUCGAUGCUGGAGACAAAGGCACAGUCCCAAACGGCUGGAUCCACAAGAUGGUCAGAUUUAGUGGUGGGACAGCUCGAUUUGGCGGUUCACAUCUCAUUCACUGGGAUACGACCCGCGCUUUCGAAGGGAAAUUUGAAGGCAAUGACUUUGUUGCUCAUGAUGGUGACCGACGUGAAAUUUCCAAAAGUGACAUUUACAAGCUUGGAGAAGUGUGGCAGUGCAAUGAUAAAGUUUGGGCUUAUUACACAGAGGACCACAAAUACCUCAACUCGGGCAAGGUGACAGCGGUUGGUGCUGAGAAAAGUUAUGUGGAGUUCGACGACAAAGACAAGGGAUUACUUCCGAACGAGUGGAUCCACAAGAUGGUGAGUUUUCAAGGCAACACUUCGAACUUGAACAACAACAACAAUGAGUCGAACAUGGACAACGCUGAUUCUUGAUCUCUGCCUGAGCAUCCUGAGCCUGCAAGAGAAGCCGUCAGACAAUGAGGGCAGGUGGGUUUGAUCUGCAUUUGUUUGUAGUCCAUGCAGCAAUUUAGUUUUAAGUCUAAGAUGAUGAUUGACAUCUAUCGACCCAUCUAUGUGUCACAACUGUUUCACACGUUCCCUGUUCCCUUUAAGGGGGGAAGGAAGUGCCACCAGUCGCCAGUUCCUAUGGCCUAAUGCGGCUAGGGCGCAUGGCGCUGCAAAAUAUGACGGACACAACCUAAGCUCAACGAGGCCGCUACACAGAAGCAUA